AUGGGUUCAGUAGUGCAGCCUUCGCGUUUCCUAGACGCGGCCAUGCUGGGCCUCUUCGCCAUGUGCAUCUCUGCGCUUUCGCUGUACAUGUUUGGCGAACUGUGGAACGCCGCACAAGAUCCCAGGUUCAGCAGCUGGAGGGUUGGCUUCAUUUUGCAGAGGCUCUUUCCUUUCAAGAGGACCUUCGACGUGAAUUUGACGCAUAUUCUGCUCUUCACGCUCUCCGUCCUGUUCCUCAGUCUGCGGCCCGAAGCUCCUCCCGAGUGUGAAACUUCCAGCAGCAGCCGCCGCAAGGAGAAGGCGUCCAAGGAGGAGGAAGAGGCUGCCUCGCCUUCUUCCACCUUGCAGAUUGGCACAGAGCAGAACGCACAUGCAGAUGCUGCUGCCGCAGCACGUGCAAAAAAGCGCUGGUUACCAGCAGGAGCGUCUGCAGAGAAGCUGGGGAGGCAGUGCAGUCCUCCUCGCACAAGCAGCGCACAGGCGGCAAAGGGAAGAGUUUGUCGAGUGAACGCAUCAUCUUCUUCCCACCGCACUGCAUGUGAAGAGGGAGGAAUUUCGGAGGGCUGCUGCGCACGGUAG